UAUUAUUUAGACAAUUCGAGAUAUUCAGGUAAUUUAAAAGCGGAACAACAUCGGGACUGAAACCGAAGACCAAGAUCUUGUGACGUAACUCUUAAUAAAAACUUGAUUUAAAUUAUUGCAUGCGAUCACGCACGAUCUAACGAGCGUCUCGCGCGAGAUAUUAGACUGGAACACUACAAUACAAUAACGAUGAUAAAUACUAAUUGACAGCCUUCAUAUUGCUAAUCGUAACAAUUUUUAAAAUUAGCAGUAACAUUUGCUGUUUGCAAGCGAUACGUUAUCGGUAUCGUUUGCAACAAUUACGUUGUUGUUACGUGCAUCUGAAAGCAUGAAUAAUUAUAUGAAUAACUAAUCGUGUAGAAACGAAAUUCAAUGUCGCCAGAGAACGUAGAAAAUAGGAACGUAACAAUACAUUUUUGUACGCUGACUCUAUCGAAUAUAUUUCCCGUUGCGAUCGAGCAAAUCUGCCUCAAACAAAAAUGUGACCGUGAUCGAAUUGCAAACUUCAAGUUUACAUUUGAGGCGAAAAUGUGGCAUUUCGGAUAAGGAGGUUCCUCCUUCAAAUGUUGAGGUUCAAAUAUUUACGCCGUUUGUACGAUUCUGUAUCUUUGAUGUUAGAGAUAAGGGGAACCCGGCACGCGGUCCGUGCGUUCUACCGAUCAGUCGUUUUGUCGAAAGCCUCAGGAUCGGUGACCAUGUCGAACGAGCUGGAUAUUAAAAAUUACUUCGAGCACGCCAAGGACUUAACCUUGAAGGCAGGCGAAAUAUUUAAAUGUGGUUUCGAAGGAGAUAAAAUCGUAGAAACUAAAGAGUACGACUGGGACCUUGUUACGGAUUAUGAUAAAAAAAUCGAAGAUGUGCUGACAAAAGGUCUGAAAGAAAAAUUUCCAGAUCACGAAUUCAUCGGAGAGGAAACUGUGGCUGGCACCAAAGAGGUACCAGUGUUAACAGACAAACCUACAUGGAUCAUGGAUCCCAUAGAUGGGACUGUGAAUUAUAUAAAUGGAAAUCCAAACACCUGUAUUUCCGUAGCUCUGGCAAUUUGCAAGGAACUCGUAAUAGGAAUUAUUUAUAAUCCAAUCACUUCAGAAUUGUAUACUGCAAUUAAAGGACAAGGCGCGUUUUUGAACGACAAGCCUAUUAAAACCACGUGCACUACCGAGCUGAAAAAAUCUAUAAUGGAGGUCGAGUUGAUCUCUCUUCGCAGUCGUGCAAGGGAUCGGGAUAUCAGAUUGGGAAGGUUGGAAGCCUAUUUUAAUAUUACACGAGGAGUGAGAUUUUUGGGAUCAGCUGCGAUGGGCCUGGCAUAUGUAGCAAGAGGUGCGGUGGAUUGCCUACAAAUGGAUCCUCUUCAAUCUUGGGACAUAGCAGCGGGAGUGUUGAUCGUUCGUGAAGCAGGUGGCACGGUAAUUGCUACUAAAGAAGACGAAUACAAUGUGAUGAAACCAAGAACAAUUGCUGCAGCAAAUGAGACGCUAGCAAUGGAAAUAAAGCAACUGAUCGUUGACACUGAUCUAAAAACAAUGAGGAAGAGAUUGACCAAAAAUUAGACGUAUAUACUCGUUCCUGUAAUUAUUUCACACCCAUAAAAUGGAUGUUUCGUUCGAUGUUGCAACUCUCGUCAGAUAAGAAUCCCGGGAGAUUUAAAUAACGUCUUGGAAAACAAUGUAAUUAACAAUUGGAGGAACAUUAGCGUUAAUAGACGGAGGUGCGUCAAUAUGUAAUGUGUAAAAAACGGAACAAUUAUAGAUUAAGUCGAGCCUCCGCGUGCGUAUCCUGUUCGGAUUGGAACAUUACCAGAUAUCCAUAGGUAUGCAAAAAAAAAAAGAAGAGCUGAAGGUUGAUCAAGGAAGUGUAGUGAUGAUUCAUAGGUUUUUCAAAUUAUGGUUGCGAAAUUUCAUGGUCGAAUGAAUAUUACAAGAUGGAAAAACAUGCGAUAAGAAGAAGUUAUUUUCCUAUUUUCAUUGGUUCUUCAUUACUUGGAAAUCGUUUUUAAACACAUCAAUAUAUCUGAAAUAUAUUUUAAAAAAGAAAACGACUGCAUUUUGCAUAAAAAAAAGAAACGAUUGAAAAGAAAAGAUAGACCAAGUUGAACAAUUAAAAAAAUCUGGAAAUCCCAAGGAUGUAAUAUGUGAUACCUUUAGCUAUUACCUGGCUCUAUUAUUAAACGCAACAGAUGUCACGUUUUUAUUAAAACUCGAAUGUUAUCAACGAGUUGAAACUUCAAAUUUGAAUCAAGAUAACGUGUAAAAAGCCACGAAACAAAUAAACGAUAAUGUAUUUAAUUCUACUACAUCCACUGUGCUAUCUCUCUAUCGUUGAAAAACUUGUCCACAUUCGAGGAUGUGAAAGUGAUUACUAAACUUCAAAGUUCAAAUUAUGUUAAAGAUUUCAUCGAAUAUUAAAAGUCGUUUUAUCGUACUUCAUGCGAAAAGAAAAUUGCGAAAUAAAAGUCGCAAUCAGCAUCAUAGUGUGAAAGUGUAAUCGAGUCCCGGUGAUUUACCUUGGCACAGUCUUUUAUAAUAUACUUUUAUACGCCUGUUGUCUCGCUGCAAUAAAAUCAUCUGGCAAAUUGCUAACUGCAUUUAAUAAUAAUCUCCGCCCUUUCAUACCUGAGAAUGAUGUUUCCAUAAAUAAUGAGCUCGCAUACGAAUCUUUUUGUAAUAAAACGUGAAUGAAAAUUACAGAGUAAAAUGAAUCUUGUACAG